GCGGACCCGGGUAGGGGACCCAGGCCCCUGACGCGCGCACGUCGCCGCCGUCGGAGGCGCGCUCAGGGGGCGGAGCCGCCCGUCAAGCCCCGCCCAGGAGGUGGUGCGGCGCAGGCCCCGCCCCAAGGCUCGAGGCUUUAGUCGGCUCCGCCCUCGGCUCCGGUCGUCGCCUCACUCCUCAGCGCCUGGUGUAACGUUCUAGAAUUCGACGCGCAGCUGCCUCAGGUGCCCUGGCCAAGUGCAGUCGGCAGCGGCACCACCACCCGGGCGUUGUGUCUCUGCCUGGUCCUUAGCACCAAUGAGGAGACUCAAUCCAACCUCCCAACCCAGUCCAGUCAUGCAAGUACAGGAAGAUGCAGACAACCUUAUCCCUUUUGCCAAGUGUUCUAGGGUGGUCAGCCGAUCUCCACCCCCCGGCUUGCCUUCCCAGAGCCUCAGACUGACGCCCCAGCGCUAUGGAGACACCUUCUGGGAGAGUCUUAGUCAAAGGCCCAGCCCCACCUGGAUGGAGGAACAGUACACCCCACCCCUGCUGAGAGCCACUGGUUGCUCCCAGCCUGGCCAGUAUGGCCCUGAGGGACUCCCACCUCCUGAGGUGCUCUGCAGAAGAAAGAGGAGGAGGCCACAUUCGGGAGGAAUGCAGCAGGGAUCUGGGGGCAUCCCAGCCCGGGUAAGGGCGGUCACUCAUCACUUGGAGGAUCUAAGGAGGCGACAGAGAAUCAUCAAUGAGCUGAAGAAGGCCCAGUGGGGCAGCUCUGGGGCUGCGUCUGGGCCUCUGCUGGUUGACAGUGAUGGUUGUGGCUUCCCCAGCACCACCGAACACCCUGAUCGGGAAGAGGAGAGGGCAGACUAUCCACAAGAGGAGGACCACUUCCUCACUUCUGGCAGGGCCCAGCUGCUUUGGUCUCCCUGGAGUCCCCUGGGCCAGGAGGGGUCUUGUCUCUCCACGCAGCUGGGCUCUGUGGGUCCCUUCAGCACUGUCACAGCCACUAGGAACCCCUUUUACCAUCCCUGGGGGGUGGAACUACAGUCUGAGGAGUAGGGAGAAACUGUCCAAGCCCAAGACCCUGGCCAUGCCUCAGGGGCUCAGGAUUGGGAGUUGGAAUCUCCAGUAUUUGGGACAUCCUUUCCUUGGCCAUCUUCCUCUCCCCGCCUCUGAACUAGGCACGAACAGCGCCGAUGGUUUCCCCUCUCCAUCAGAGGAACCCCCCAAGGCUCCCUGCCACUAUUCUCUUCUUCGUUCUGUUAUUAAAAAGUAAGCAAGUGGAGCCCA